AUGCCAUCCUUUUCAGCCAAUCGACAAGGCCGUCCGAGGCCGUCGAACAUCUCUUUCGGACGUCGAAGGUCGGAUGACAAGUCGAUGCCAUCUCCUUCUUUCAACAGCUCCAUGUUUCUAGGUUCUUCCGAUGAUGUCUUUUGUGACUCGUCUAGGUCGGUGGAUCGUCUUCGUCACCACUAUCUCGCCAUGCCUUCGACACCCUCAAGUCUCUGUCCGGGGAGGUCUCCUGGAGCCCGAACUGAACGUCUUCCAAGCCUUACCGACUUGUUCGAUCCGGAGAUCCUGUCGCCACCCUCGAGCAACUUCCUGAGCGUCGGCUCGUCGAGAUCAAGUCAGGCGGGCGAGAUGAUGCAUAGAUCCGGCUCCAUGUCUUCCACUUCCUCGGGACGCGGCCGCCAGUGGCGUGCAUCUUUCCCAAGUGAAGGUCCGUCUGGCUCCAUUGGACCGCCAGCAACACCGCUGUCUCCUUUCUUUGCCACAGCGAACAAAGGUCCCAUGAGGUCCUCGCCAGGGUACUCGUCAAGUCCUCCGCACAACUCGGUCCUCAGCGGUCCGAGCGAUGGCGAAAGGACACCUCGGGCAGCUUCAAGAUCAUCGUUUGACUUGGCAACAAAGACAAGCAGAUACGCGAGAAGUCCGAGAUGCCCAGGCGCUCCUUUGAUUGGAGUCCAAGAGCGGGGCCAUUUUGCAUCCCGUCCUUGGCAGUCAGGAAGUGUUGCGUCCUCGCUGGGCUCAUUUCAGGGGAUCCAGCACUCAGUGUCCGACUCGAGACCUGAUCGUAACCCGGAUCCACAUUCUGACGAGGAUCGAGCUGCCAUGUCCAGAAUCCAAGCUUCUCUUCCAAAGGCGCCGGGCCUGGUGGGACUUGGAAUCUUCAUGGACGAAGCAAACGUGCAAUCGCCCUUCCGCAAAAUGUCGCAGGGUGUCCAGACCGGGCGAGCCAUGGACGAUUCGCCUCCAGCCCGAAGCCAGAAUGGUCACAGCGACCACACGGGUCUGACACCGAUGGUCAAAGCGUCCAAGGUGUCGGAUACGUCAUCCACACCUACGCGCUCGAAAGCGAAAAAGGCGACUGGAUCUCCCGCAGCCUCUUCUGCAGCUCUGUCCAAGGCGUCGCCUACCGCGACAGCGCUGAAGAAGCAGAACGAGCCCUACAAGACGCCGCUGAACAAAUCUCGCCCUAUGUUCAGGCUGGAUACUGGCUCUGGAAAGAAGUCGAGCAAGCCCAAGGGCCACAAGAUGAGCCCCGAUGCAUCUCCAUGGGGCGUGUUCGGUGGUAAGGACGGCUGGAAGCCUCUUGCGCCUCCCAAUGUGUCGCGCGCCAUCGCCGAGGCAAACAAGCUGUUGGCCGAGACUACGACCAAUGAUUCGGACGCGGCCAAGUCCUCGGUGCCACGCUCGUCGCCCACGUCCAAGAGACAGGCGACCUCCAAUGCGGGGGCCGAGAGUCCCUCAAAGAAGCUGCGAGCCAUCGACACUCAGUCUUCGCCGUUCAAGGAGAACCUGCCUCCGUCACACGCCUCCUUGUCUCCAUCGAAGCGGGGUCCGCUUUCGUCUUCGUCUUCGUCGCACCGUACAACCGCACUUCCCUUCUCACAAAGAGAGAUGCUGGAGGGAGGCUGUCUCGAUGCACAAAGGCCGAGGAGGCAGGCGCCGCCCAAUGGCGCUUGGCAACAGGAGGCGCUGCCGAGCGUGUGGAGACGCGCUCUGGAUUUUUUUUUUCGAAGUGGGCCGAGCAACAACGCGGUGAGCAGCCAGGUAGACAGCGUGACGGCGCCUGCAAAAUACACGCCUGCCUGCCUGUCUGCCAGUGUGCCUCCUGGCCGCCUCGGGCUGCACUCGGAAUCGCUGUUGGGUGUGGGCGCGUCAAGGUCGAGCGUUCCCAGCCUUAGGAGUACGCUUUCGUCGGCCCCUUUCAUCCUGUUCGAACUCGCAAAACCCGAUAUCGUCGGUCGACAUCACGUAUCUCCAGCACGGCGCGGCAACGCUCAGGUCUAUGCGGUCGUGACGCAGGUCCCUCGACGUGUCCCCUUGCCAUUUGACCCAAUCUCGUCUGUGACAGCCCUCGAGCUGCACAACGGUAUCGGACUCGGCAUGAGUGCUACUCGCGAUCAGCCUAGCUCGCGUAUACCGCUCAGCGUCAAGAACACAUCGACACAAAGCGCACUGCCCCGUGAUGCCUCGUUACUUGGCAAGCCGGCGGCCCAACAACCGCUUCGCGGAUCGAUUGUGCCGGGCGCCAGCGGCCUUCCUCGUCCUCGCGCAGCCGCAACCGCAUCCGCGUUACCCAACUUUAUCGCUCGCUCCCAUCUCGGCGUAGACCGAUCGAACCAGGAGAACACUCUCCCACAAUAUGGCAUCGCCACGCCAAAGAAGCGCGCCAUCCCCAUCGACGAGUCGCACGUCCGCAAUGUCGUCUUGGACAGCCCAAGCAAACGCAGUCGGUCCUCCCGAACUGGAACCGACAGCAGCAGUGCCGAACAGAGCGUAAGCGGCGCCCUCGCCACCGACCUCAAUGGGAUUCGGGUUCAAGACGCGAGGAAAGCGUCCCAGUCUGCCCAUGCACAUGCGUCGAUGGACCGCGUUCGCGCCUCGCAGCAGACUCUCGCGCUGGCGCAUGCCACCUCGGUCAAGACCAACCGAAAGGUGCAGGAGCCCUCGCAAGAGGUCGUACAAGAGUCUCGCCGCAGACAGACCGAGAACGAAAUCUGGCGUCAAAAGUACAAACGCGCUUUUCCCAACUUCAUCUUCCACUUUGAUUCGGUCGACGCCGCCUCAGCAAAAAGGUAUGGCGAGUUCAUCCUGGAGCUCGGCGGUCACGUCGACCAGUUCUUCUCGCGGCGCGUCACCCACGUCAUCACCACGCGCCAAGUGCCUGAAGAGGGAGCGCCGGGGGAGCCAGCAUCGCUCGAGGUAGCACCACGAGAGCCAGCGCCGAGAGAGCCGAUCACGUCGGCGGGCGGCUGCAAUGCGGAACGGCUGUCGGCGCAGAAGUUGUUCCGCCCCAGUUUUCUCGCUUCGCGUGCCGCCUCGACCAAGGCUGGUGGCAACUCAAGCCGGCGCCCCGUCCCACUAUUCUCCGAACGCAAUCCGUUGCAGGAACCACCCAGGGGCCAGUACGGCCCGCAAGACAUGCUGGUCAAGGCUCAGUCUUUCGGUAUGCGCAUCUGGCAGCUGGAGAAGCUGCAGAAUGUUGUGGUGCGCCUCCUGAACCUCUCGAUGCGCGACCUUGAAGGCCCCAGAAAGAAGGACUUGUCCAAGAUGCUCCAGAUGGAAAAGGUGUACGGCACCACCGAGCGCGACCCUUCUGCAGCGCGAUCGUCGUUCCACUAUUUCGACAAACAUUCGAAGUACAUCCUGGUGGAGGAUGCUACCAUGGAGCACCGCCCGAUCAUCAGCCACGAGUAUACCUACACCGACGACGAAAAGGCGGAAGAAGCUAAGCCUCCUUGGCCUGUCGUGUACGGUGAGACGCUGGGGCGAUGUCCGUUUACCUUCUAUGCGCCCAAACGCAACGCUGUCAAGCCAAGAGACGGAGAAGACGUCAGUCCUCUUCGCUUGGAAGUGCCGCAGAGCCUUCGUCGCGCCGUGUCGCUCAACAACAUGGCUCGAUCCAACCUGGGUCCUGCUGAGCGUCCCCAGGCUGCCCAGCUCGGCGCGAUCGAGAUGAAGCGUCAGCAAAACCCGCUGGCAUCGGGCAACAGCGUCUCGAUCACCUCGAACAUUGCCUCGACCACAUCCAACAUCUUUACGGAUCAGCAGACGGGCGCGACGGUGGGGCUGCCGCAGAACCGACGUGUGGCGGAGCUGAAUCGGCGCGUGCACAUGUCGAACGUAUACAGCCGCCCGUUGCACUUGCUCAACGCGAGUCCUGCGAGCGUGAUGGCGGGCAGCACGACGGCGAGCGGGCUUGGUCUGCACCGCGAGGGAGGCAGCGGGGCGAUCGGAAGUCCUGCUGCGCAGCGAGGUGCCGAGUCGGGCGCUACAGUGCGUCGCAUGCUGGGCCUGGAGGACCAGCGAGCGCCGGGCAUGGCGUUGCAGCGUAGCGCAAGCACAAGUGCCGUCGAUCGACCGCCAUCCGCCAAGAAGCCAGGCUACUGCGAAAAUUGCCGCGUCAAGUACGAGGAUUUCACCGAGCACAUCUACGACCGCAAACACCGCAAGUUUGCCACCAACGAGGUGCAUUUUGUGGACAUUGACGCGCUCAUCAUGCGCGUCCAGAGGCCCAUCCGGCCGUCGUCGGAGGACGAGCUGUCGUCGGGCUUCCUGGAGUUUGAGGCCAUCCCGUCGUCGCAGCCCGAAGAGAAUGUCGCCUACUCGGAUUCGGACGAGGAGCUCUCUGCUGGCUCGCCCGAGGCCGAAGAUGACGAGGCUGGCGAGGGAGAAGAGAUGCCCGCCAGCAUGCGCACACACGUGCAUGGAGCGUAUGCUUAA